GCCAGCACAUUUCUUUCUCUACAUUUCAUUACGCUCUGGAACUAGCUCGCAGCAACUUGACUGCUCACUUUCCUGCCAGACAUUGGCCUUUGUUGUGUUUUUCCCCGCAUUCACGCGGCAUUUGCUCCACUUUAUUUGUACAAUAAAGUCACCUGUGAGCUCUCUGUGCUUGCCUGUCACAAUUUGUAUAGCAUAGAAAAUUCCGUCUUGACUUCCGGAUUUCAAGUACUCCGUUGCAUCUCCUGUUACUGGAUCAUCCAGCUUUGAUUCUGAAAGCAGGUUCCUUAUCGUGCACGAAACAUUUGGCGGAGUGCUUUCCAGUGUGCUAGGUCUUUUUCAACGCUAACCAUGCCGGAUACGCAGCAGACCUCAACGGACGAAGGGUUCACCAACAAGAAGGCCUUUGAGCGCCUGCCCAAGACAGUGGUGCCGGUACACUAUGGUAUCCGCAUCCAGCCAUACUUGAAGGAUGCCACUUUCGACGGCCAAGUGGUGAUCCAUGUGAAGAUACAAGAGCCGACCAACUGGAUUACUCUCGAUUGUGCGGAAAUUAAGAUCACGGAUGUUGCUUUCGUCUCUGACGAUGGCAAAGAACAUCAAGCUCGCGAUACGGAAUACCACAAAGAAAUGGAACGAGUGCGUUUUGACUUUCCCGAGAUGCUGCCGGUGGGAAAUGGGAAGCUGCGCCUGCAUUACACCGGCUUGUUAAACGACAAACUCCGUGGAUUUUACCGCAAUGUUUACACCGUCGGCAAAGAAGAACGCUACGGGGCUGCUACCCAGUUCGAGUCCUGCUUCGCGCGCCAGUGCUUCCCAUGCUGGGAUGAACCUGCACUGAAAGCAACAUUCGAUAUCACGCUGGUUGUCGACAAAAACUUGGUAGCACUGUCGAAUAUGCCCGUUAAAAAUGAAGGGCCUCUGGAGUCUAAUGCCGCAUGGAAAGUUGUCCAGUUUGAUACUACGCCGAUUAUGUCGACUUAUCUUGUGGCGUUGGUAGUUGGAGAGUUUGACUAUCUGGAGGACAAAACCGAAGAUGGCAUCCUGGUGCGAGCCUACACGCCGUUGGGAAAAGCAGAACAAGGCCGAUUUGCUCUCGACUUUGCCGUGAAAACUCUUCCUUACUACCGCAACUUUUUUUCGUUGGCUUAUCCGCUGCCUAAGUGCGACCUUGUUGCGCUGCAGAAUUUUGCCAUGGGUGCUAUGGAAAACUGGGGUUGCAUUACGUUUCGAGAGACAGCCCUUUUGGUGGAUCCGGACAAUUCUUCCGCUGCCGGGCGACAGCGUGUCGCUUUGGUGGUUGGUCAUGAACUGGCCCACAUGUGGUUCGGCAACAUUGUGACAAUGGAAUGGUGGACUGAAUUGUGGUUGAACGAAGGGUUUGCGUCGUUCGUGGAGCAUAUCAGUGUGGAAAAGCAGUUUCCAGAGUGGAAAAUUUGGAAUCAGUUUGUGGAUGACUUUUUCUCCAGUGCCAUGAGACUAGACGCACUAAAGAGCUCUCAUCCGAUUGAAGUUCCGGUUGGGCAUCCGGAUGAGGUGGAAGAGAUUUUUGACGCCAUUUCUUAUGAGAAAGGGGCGUCUGUUAUUCGGAUGCUGUUCGAUUACCUUGGCGAAGAGGGUUUCCGCGCUGGCUUGGCAAAAUAUUUAAAAGAUUUUGAAUACCGCAACGCCACGACCAUCGAUUUGUGGACGCAUUUCGAGAAAGCCACUGGAAAGCCAGUAUCCGCUGUGAUGAGCGACUGGACCAGGAAAAAGGGAUAUCCGGUGGUGCUGGCUGAUAUUGAGUACAAGGAUGGAAAUGCUUUGCUACAUCUACAACAGAAGAAAUUCAAUUUACUGAAUUGCGGAGAGCAGGAAUUAUGGAAUAUUCCCAUGACAUUGUCGGUGUUAGGCACUAAAAGCUCGAAAGGCGACCAUGCACAGAUUGUGAAGCAUAUGUUUGAUCAGCCUGGGAGCACUUUAACGAUCAAGAACGUUGCGCCUGAUCAACCAGUCCUUAUUAAUUCAAAUCUUAUUGGAUUCUACCGUGUGAAAUAUUCCGAGAAAAUGCUGAAAUUAUUAAUACCGCACAUUACCGAUGGAUCUCUCGGUUCUUUAGACAGAAUGGGCAUUCAAAAUGAUCUGAUGGCACUGGUCAUGUCUGGGAACGUUUCCAUAACGGCCCUGUUUGAUUUAUGGCGUACGGCGUACAAAACCCAUGAACGCGACCCAAUUGUCUGGCAAAAUAUUCUAACUCAUGUGGGACGCUUCGCUGGGCUGAUGGCAUAUACUGAUUCAUUGGAAAAAUAUCAGCAGUUCACUCAGGAUCUGCUCUUACCGGUCUUGGAUAUUGUGGGCUGGCAGGCGAAGGAAGGGCAAGGACAUUUGGAAUCGUUGCUACGAGAAUCCAUCCUUGACCGACUGGUGAAAUCACGUCAUCCGGAAACCGUUAAACAGGCCCUGGACUUGUUCGAGAAAUAUGUUCAGGGUGACCGUGAUAUUCCCUCGGAAAUUCGACGUGCGAUCUUUAUUUCUGCUGCUUCCAAUGGCGGCAAAGAGGCGUACGAGAAGCUGUGGAAGCUGUAUGAGACAACUGAACUUCAAGAAGAACGCGUUAAAUUGUUGGUUGCUCUGGGAUGGACAAAUGAUGCAGAAAUGCACGAGAAAACAUUGGAUUGUGCGCUGACGAAGCAAGUUCGAUCGCAAGAUGUAUUUUACGUUAUGGCGGGAUGCAGCCAUAGUGCGGGCGGCCGCGAAGCAACAUGGCAUUGGAUCCAAAACAAUUGGGAAUCGCUGAAAGAACGACUGCAUCCGUCCUUAUUUUCACGCGGUUUGCAGUCGGUAUUCGGUAAUUUUGCUCAUGAAGAGAAAGCUGUCCAAAUCGAGGAAUUUCUGCGCAAUCAUAAACUGGAGCAAGGAGAGCGCGCAAUGGAGCAAGCUCUGGAAAUUAUCCGUGUACAAGCUGCUUGGCUUCAGCGUGAUGCCGCUGCCGCACAGAAGUGGCUUUCUUCACAGCAGUCAUUCGGGAAGUAGUCUGUUUUGCUAAGUCGUUUCAGCUUAUUUGUAUUGGUUUUUUGCACUUUUUUGCAUAUUUUAAUACCAUUUUGAUGCCAUUAGUCAUUGUAUUCCUUCCAAUGAUUGUGGAUGUAACCUUCCGAGAAGUUAUUUUUUGUUCGUAUAAGUAGAUGAUGCCAUUGAUUGGUUCCGUUGUUAAUUUUUUUUUCAGUUUAUUUUUACAAUUAGUCUGGGCAUUUACAGUUAGUUUGGAAUUGUAUUAAAAGUGAAGGCGGA